AAACUUUAAACGAAUAAAACGGAUUAAUGGUCUAUUAUUGUAUGAUUUAUUUUGUUUGUCAAAUUCAAUGCCCACUUUGAAAACAAAAAUGCGCUGACACAAGCGUCCAUACGGGGGCGCCAAAGAAACAGUUGUCCAUCGCCUCUCUUCUCUAUUGUAGCGUUCCCCGUCUGCCUGUCAGAUGUAUUUUGUCCCUCGUCGUGCUCUGUCGGUCAUCACCAGCAAAAGGGGGGGAAAGGCAGCGUCGUCUGCGUAAGAGACUUUCUGCAGCUGAAUGAGCUGAUGCACUGCUGCCGCCUCAAAGAUGGAGUUCGACACCGCCGUCCGGAGAAUAAAGCCGUUCGGAACGAACAGUUGUGCUUCUCAAGAUAACAACGGCUCCCACGAGCAGUGCGGGGAUAACGGCUACAGCGGCUGUGACCAGAAGAGGAAGCCCGAAGUGAGGCUCUACCUGCUGCGGGAAUGUCCGGCAACAGUGCUGGUGUGUGUGUUUAUUUUGGUGCUGUGGGCACUGGUUCACCUGUCGUUGCAGCAGCUCGUCAUUGGAAAACCGACCGGAGAUUUCAACGCAGUGAGAGCCAGACGACACUUGACACAGAUCACUAGCGUUGGCCCGAGGCCAGUGGGCAGCGAGGAGAAUGAGGUCCUGACAGUGGGCUACUUGUUGGAACAGAUUGAACAGAUCCAGGUGGAGACGGCGCUCAGCAACCAUCAGCUCAGCGUGGACGUGCAGCGGCCCACCGGCACAUUUUCCAUCGACUUUCUUGGAGGCUUCACCAGUUUCUAUGACCGGGUCACCAACAUCGUUGUCAAGCUGGAGCCUAAAGGGGGCGCUAAGCAUCUCAUGCUCGCCAACUGCCACUUCGACACAGUAGCCAACAGCCCAGGAGCCAGUGACGAUGCAGUGAGCUGCGCAGUGAUGCUGGAAGUCCUUCACUCUCUGGCCAAUCAGUCCUCACCGCUCCGCCAUGGAGUCAUCUUCCUCUUUAACGGAGCGGAGGAAAACAUCCUGCAGGCCAGUCACGGUUUCAUUACCCAGCAUCCUUGGGCCAAGCAGGUGCGAGCCUUCAUCAACUUGGAGGCUGCAGGUGUUGGGGGCAAAGAGGUUGUUUUUCAGACGGGUCCAGAGAACCCGUGGCUGGUCCAGGCCUACGUCCAUGCGGCCAAACAUCCUUUCGCCUCUGUGGUCGGUCAGGAGGUUUUUCAGAGCGGCAUCAUUCCCUCCGACACCGAUUUCCGUAUUUACAGGGACUUCGGUAACAUCCCAGGCAUCGACCUGGCCUUCAUCGAGAACGGCUUCAUCUACCACACCAAGUACGACACCCCCGACCGCAUCCUGACAGACUCCAUACAGAGAGCCGGUGACAACAUCCUGUCGGUCCUGAAGUACCUGGUGACGUCAGAGCGACUGGCUGAUUGGUCGGAGUACCGUCAUGGCAACAUGGUAUUUUUUGACCUGUUGGGGGUGAUCGUGGUGGCGUACCCAGCCCGCGUGGGCACCAUCCUCAACUACAUUGUAGCCGCAGCCACCUUCCUCUACCUCGCCAAGAAGGCAUCACUCCCGGGGAACGGUGGCGGCCGCUACUUUCGCAGCCUCGCCUGUGCCACAGGUGUGGCGGUCCUGAGUUGGUUCAUCACUCUGGUGUCGGUGCUGAUCGUAGCGCUGCUCGUCACGUUGAUGGGCCGCUCCAUGUUUUGGUACAACCACUUCUACGCCUGCAUCUGUCUGUACGGUACGGCAGCCACGGGGAAGAUGAUCUUCAUCCACACCCUCGCCAAGAACUUUUACUACGGGGGCGUCCGCCUGGUGGAGCUGGGCGAUCUGUAUUUUGACGUGAGUUUGCUGCUGUGGUGCUGCAGCCUGGUGUGGUUGACGCAGCAGGACCUGUGUUCAGCCUACGUCCCCAUGCUCAUGGUGGCCUUUCCCCUGGUCACCAGACUGCUGCUGGCCAAGGAGUUCAAACACAAAGGAGCAUCAUUUAAGUACAGUGUAUUUUACCUGCUGGGCCUGGCGUUGCCAUACGUCCACUUCAUGUUCCUCAUCUGGGUGGUGUUUGAGAUCUUCACACCCAUCAUGGGGCGCAGUGGCACGGAGAUCCCUCCGGAAGUGGUGCUGGCCUCCCUGGUCACCCUCACCACCAUCUUCCUCUCCUCUUACUUUCUACAUUUUAUUUACUUGGUCCGGAGCACCAAGUGGAUCCUGAUUGGUCUGGGCUCUGUCUUCAUCGUCUUCUUCCUGUUGGUGUCUGGCGGCUUCUUCUUUCCUUACUCAGGAAGUCCAGAGAGUCCUCGACCAAAACGUGUUUUCCUACAGCACACAACAAGGACUUUCCACAACCUCCAGGGCCAAGUGGAGAGUCAGGACUCGGGUCUUUGGAUCAACAGUUUCGACUACACCGGUAUUCAGCACAUCACGCCCAUCAUCCCCGAGGUCAACGACAGCAUCCGCACCCACUGUCAAGAGGACCGACCCUUCUGCGGCUACCCCUGGUUCCUGCCUGUGAAGUUCCUCAGCAAGAAGAACUGGUACCUUCCUGCUCCAGAAGUGUCUCCCAGCCUUCCUGUGGAGUUCAGCCUGGUGUCCAAAGAGGAGACGAGGUGGGGGACGAUCAAGAUGACCUUCAGUGCUAAAGGACCCAGUCACAUGUCUCUGUACCUGAUGCCGCACAAAGGGGCGAGUCUGUCCACCUGGUCAUUUGGAGACGGGACGCCUCAGUUUGACCUCAGUGGGGAAUAUUUUGUCUUUUAUUCUCACGGCCUCGAUGCUCCAACGUGGAGCUUUUGGUUUGAAAUACAGCCUCCAGCAAAUCCAGACCCAUCCGGACCUGAGGGAAUGAUCUCCGUCGCCAUCUCCUGUCAUUAUUUCUUUGGCAAAGACCAGCGGACUGCAGAGCUGGAGAAAAUCCUCCCGAGGUUCCCCCCGUGGGCCUUUCCUUCGUAUUGGGUCAGCACCUACAACAUGUACCGAUACUGAGGGACGGCACGUCAUCACUCCGCAUCGCAGAGACAGAUGCCGAGGAGAGUAGUGACCUGCAGGGCGGCAGUGCAGAGCAGAGAACAGAGAUAUCAGGCAUUAGUACGAAGGACUGAGCCCUGAGGCCUUUUUCACACUGACACAAUCGAGAGCAUUCACACCAACGCACACACACUCAAACACACACACGCACAUCCAAACAAGCGCUCCCUCCCUGCCGGACAGACCCACAUCACUGUGUCAGGUGGCUCUGUGGCGAACGAGCAGGAAGAAGAGCUGAGAAAUCCACCAGACUGAACGGACAAACGAUUCUACGUUCUGUUCGACCUCUGUUUCAGAAGAGGCAAAAGGGGAGGGGGACAACUGGGGGUCAGGGGAUGGGUUUUGGGGAUGGUGUUGAUGGAGGGAGAAGGGGGUGGAGGGAUGGGGUCCUUUAUCUGAUUUGAAGCAUCCAAUCAGAUUAUUUCUUUUUUUGUUUUUUUUUUUAUAAGUGAUCGGAGAACGAGUUUCCACGGUCACUCAGCCUGGCCGUGACGGUCGGGUCGUGGUGAAUGUAACCGGUUUUAUACCAUUCAUACCUGGUGAAAGGUGUAGGAGGAAGUGGACGUUUCACUGUGGAUAAAAACAGCUUGGCCGCAGUGGAGAGGAAAAAAAAAAAAGUUGAGUUCUUAAAUCCCACUGUCUGAAAACAUUUACGUUGACGCCACCUGUCUGGUGGUGACAACAUCACAGGCUUAAACACUAUGUGACUGCAGUCGGUUUCACAUUCAGAGCUGUGAAGUUGCCCCUCCUUUCCCAGCUUCACUGCACAGUAAUGAGACUUCCCUGUGGAAUUUAAAUUUAGUCAGAUUCUCUACGGUUUAAAAAAAAAAUCAGAUUGGACUCAGGAGACAAGAAGCCUGUUGAGACAGCUCUGUUUUUUUUUGUUUUUUUUUAUUUACUGACCUAAUCUGUUGUGCCUUUUCUUUCCAUCUCCCUGCCUUUUCCUUUGUCUUCCUGAAGAAGUCAUGUCCCAUGUCCUCCCCCUCGCCCACCUCACCCCAACCCUGUGUCUCCACUGUCCUCUGCAAACUUAACGUCAACAUGCACUGGCUGUGGUUGUUGUUUUUGUUUUUGUAUCUGCGAUGUGUUCUGUGUGAAAACUUCUCAUAUUCCCACCUCGUGCAAUAGAUCACGAAUGAGACAGUGUCGAUAUUCAACAAGGGUUAGGACUAAAAAAAAAAAACUGCUAAAAUGUUCUGUAGUGGGGGGGAGAAAACCCAGACACACAACUUUACACCUCAACUGCAUCUGCGUCUGUCACAUACGAAGGUUCCCUAGCGUUAUAAAAAAAACAGUACUUUAAAUAAAAAUAUACUUUAGAAAUUGAAAUUAUAAUUGGCUUUUUUUUUUUUUAGAAUGUAAAGUGGAUUCUGGAGAUAAUCACUUUUCAACUCCAUUAUGUUUUUGCUUCCUGCAUCACGUGGAGUUCUGUUGUGUCUUUUUUUGUCAUCCACACAUAUCACGUCAGUAAUCCUGCGUCACCGUUGUUUGUCUGGACAUUUUCCACUCAGACUUGUGAGGAAAACGGUCAAAUUACACAACUUUUCUGCUGCUUGUUUUUUUUUUUUUUGCCAGUCCAUACAUUUUCACAUCACACCUGACACCACCUGUGCGAUUAACUGACAGACACUGAACCCUACCGUCAACGUCCAUUUUUUCUUGGUUGUUCUAUAUUGACACCGUUGGGAUUACUUGUAUCAAAGGAGGCCUUGGAACUCUUGUUUCCUAAAAGAGACAAAAAAAAAACAUGCAGUUAUAAAAGCCUAAAAACAUCAAGUGCCACUUUGAACAGCGUUUUUACAAAUAGUUCCAAGUCACUAAGGUCUUAGGUGUCGUCCGUCAGAGUGUGUGAGAGCGUGGUUUUCUUCUGACGUGAAUGAAACGGAGGUGUGAGCUGAUGAUUCCAGGACGACGUAUUCAGUCCUUGAUUUUGUGCCGUGACUUUUGAUAGGAGUAGGAGUAGAGUUUUUCACGGCGAAAUACAAUUCCACACACACACCGACAGAAAUCUAAAGAACGUCUCUGCAGAUUUCUACUGAAAAUCUCAAUGUUACCUUACGACCAGGGGCUUUUUUCGCUUAUUGUCUUGAUCUAAUUUGCGAACCUGCCUAUUCCGAAUUUGGUGCGUAAGCAGAAUCUACCAGUCUCAAAAACCUUCCUGCAUGUUCAAGUUCCUGAAACAAGGUGCAAAAUGAGGAGAAAAGAAUAGAAUCCUGUAAGAACAGAAAAAUGACUACAGAUGAAAAAAGAAAACAAAACUGACUAUGUAAAACACUUUGCUGCUGCUUCAGCUGCGUGUGUUUGCGUGCAGUGUGUUUGAGCGUGUCAGGAUGUUGAAUAUGAAGUGUGAGACUAAAGUGAGACAUGGCAGAAAAUUGGUUGUUUUCUCGUCAAUGGGAGCAUGUGGUGAAAUAUGCAAAUAGUUUCUGGGAGAAAAAGCUUUAUUAACAAAUGUAAAUGAAUAUUUUUUUCUACCUGCGUGUUCAGUGACGUUUGUAUGUGUGGUUUUCAUCAGUGUGAGAAGAAUUCAAACACGGAUGGGUAAUAGUCAGCUGAUCAUUAACGCUGAGGCCGACGGGGUUACUGUUUAAAUUAAUACGUUAUGUUUUUGGAAUUUUUAAGGGGAGAUGAGUAAAAAAAGAAAUAACAAGGAUAUUAGGAGGAGGAUGACGUUUAACUGCUGUGAAAUUAUUUAAUCUUUACUGUUGGUGCUUUAACUUUGGAAGCUUUGGGUUGAGGAAAAAAAUGUUUUAGUAUAUUUUUUCUUCUGUUACUCUUCUGAUUCUUUCAUUUUAAAAUCUUAAUUUUGUGGCAGAAAAGCUAACGCGACUCUGCUGUAGCUAACGUUUCUUAUUCAGUGUACACUCUCACUGACCAAUUAAAAUCAGACCAAUUAAAAGUUUGGCACAUUUACUUCAAAGUCUUAUGGUUUUGCUGUGGAAGGAUGUAAUUUUUAUUAAAUAUUUAGUAUUGGUUUAAUUUCUGUUUUCCCCAACAGUUCUAUUCUGUUUUUCCAAAAGUUAAAAAUUAUUGUAAUGGUUUAAUUAUGGGUUGUUGUUUUUUUCUUUCUAAAGAACUGAUCAUUUUGUGUGUGAUUUAUAUGACACUUUAAAAAUAUGAUUUUCUCACUUGAACUUUUGUUUGUUUUAAUUAAUAACAUGAUGUCAGUUGGUUGUGGAAGGGUAGGCUGGUCUGCGUGGAGUCGACCUGGUUUACAGGGUAAAUGUUGGAGGAGGAUUUGGGAUGAUUUUACAUUAUGCAAAAUAAAAAAGAUGCCUGAAUCCAAUUAGCGAUUGUGCAGCAAUUAAAACAUUGUUACGUAA